UGGGCGCCUGAUUUAUGUCGUUCAUCUCCGGACGUAACUCGUUUGCGAACAGCGAUGCGACGCCUACCGACAGAUAACUCUUCGUUAGGGCAUACUUGCGUUGGAUAUGCGAUGGCUCACAUCUCACAGCUGAACAUAUCCUCAACGCAGCGAUGAGCAGCGAUGUGGGGUUUUGAGACGGCUGGAGGCCCUGUGACAGCCUGAGGCUGGGUGCAGGUACGCCGGGGGAAGUCCGCUUGCUUCGAGCGUCCUGUCGCUCGAUCGUGCACCAGACAUGUCUGUCAAUGACUGCAGCCCUAUUUGGGUUCCGAGCUAGACGCGAACUCUGCAGCCUGCGCUCCCUUGCCCUCCGCCCUCCAGCCCAACUCUAGGUGUCCUUCACAGUCCUUUAGAGUUCGAUAUGGCUUCUCUCGAGAGCGCGGAUUUGGAGUCACCUGCAGGUGGAAACGAGACUUUCCAUGUGCUGAAUCGCAUAGGACAAAGCCGCAGCCACACGGCGGUCCACACGAUUCGGUACGAGUCGACAAUGCGCUCGCACAGUUCCGGGUUCGGGAUCGAAGGCCAGACCACAGCGUCGCAGCCCGACCUCCCGGCGACCACGUCCAUCGACCUCUCCACAGAUAGCCGCACCCUCAAGCGCGACUCCGCGGACGACGCAGACUCGCGCUUUCAGUCCCUCGACCGUUCCUCGACCAAUCCUGCCGUCAAAGGCGUCGAGGCCGCGCCAGUAGUGAACCUCUUAGACGCUGCGGGGCAUGGCGACGCGGAUAUGGAGAAGAAUAGGUUGUCGGGCUUGUCCGCGACGGGGACGAUGGAGAGCGCGAACCCCGAGGCGGGCUUGCCGGAGAAAGAGAUGGCGGCGGCGCAGGGGAAGAACCCGCCCCAGUUUUUGACGGGGAUCAGGCUUUGGAUGCUCUUCGGAUCGAUGGUCCUGACCGUGUUCUUGACGAGUCUCGACGGUACGAUCGUCGCCACAGCCCUCCCGCGCAUCGUCUCUCAGUUCGAUGCGCUCCACGACGCGACUUGGGUCGCCGUCGCCUACAUGCUCACCCGGACGGCCCUCAUGCUCGUCAUCGGCCAGCUCGUCAACGUCGUCCCGCUCAAGACGCUCUACCUCUUCUGCAUCGUCUUCUUCGAGGGCGGCUCCGCCCUCUGCGGUGCGGCGCCGAAUAUCAACGCGCUCAUCAUCGGGCGGGCGAUUGCAGGGAUCGGGUCCUCAGGAAUUACCGUCUGCUACAUCGCGGCGAUCGUCAGCUUCACGUCCCUGACGCUGAGGCCGAUGCUACUCGCGGGUCUGUCGGUCGUUCUGGCCGUGUCGACCAUUUGCGGACCGUUGCUCGGUGGAGCGUUCACAGACCAUGUCUCCUGGCGCUGGUGCUUCUACAUCAACCUCCCGUUCGGCGGCCUCGCCGUCGCAGCCAUGUUCCUCUGCAUGCCCAGCCGUCCCGCCCCAAUGGGCGCAGACAAGCCACUCCUCACGCGGCUCCGAACUGGGAUCGAUUGGCUCGGGUGCGUGCUGACGGUCAGCCUGACGACGUGUCUCCUGCUCGCGAUGCAGUGGGGCGGAGUCACAUACGCGUGGGACAGCGGGACGGUCAUUGCGCUGUUUGUCGUGUUUGCGGUGCUUUUGAUAGGCUUGUGUUUCUGGCAGCGCUACUUCGGGAAGCGGUCGUUGGUACCGCCGACGAUGUUGACGAGGCGGACGCAGGUGUUUGCGAGCUUGGAGACGUGCUUCUUGCAGUCGGCGUUGACUAUCGCUGUGUACUAUCUCCCGGAAAUGUACCAGAUCAAAGGAAGCAGCCCUGUCGGCGCAGGCGUGAAAGUUAUGGCGUUUAUGCUCGCGUACCUCAUCGCGUCUGUCCUUGCGUCCAUUGUCGUCUCCCGCGUCGGGUACUACAAGCCAUUCCUCGUCUUCGCGCCGCUAAUCGCUGUGCCUGGUGCGGUUCUGAUGUGGCGCUCGGACGCGGGUACUUCGACGGGGCAUCUUAUUGGAUACCAGAUCCUCAUGGGGGCCGGUAUUGGGGGCGCGUUCUCUUCGACUAGCGUCUCUAUCCAGAGCGACUGGCAAGACGUCACACGCAGGAGCACGCUUGCUACGACAAUCUCCACGUUCAUGGGCUUCAUCGGUGGUAUCAUCGGUCUCAGUCUCGCAGGAACCUUGUUCGACAACAGCCUCGGGACGCAUCUGGCCCAGGUCCCCGGCCUAACCGACACGCUCCGCACAGAAGUUGCGGAGAGCAUUGAGAUUAUCGCGUUACUGCCUGAGCCCCUCCGCGGCGAAGUCAUCGACGCUGCUAUUUCUGCUAUCAAACCGACGUGGCUACUCGUCCUGGGCUGUGUCAUACUCGGAAGUCUCUGCGGAGUGUUCGUGAAGAACCAUAAUAUCAAGGAGCGGGCGAAGCUGCAGCCGCAAGAGUAGAUAACAAUACGGAGUGGGGUCUCCUCGUGUUCAAGUUGUGGACUUGGAAGUCGAGCUUGCUUUGUUGGUCUGUGCGAGAUUGCGGACUACUACUACUUGCAUGGAUAUAGUAUUGAAUCAGCGUUAAUACUUAAAGGAGUUCGUUCUUGCCUC